CAUAGAAAAAAGUUUUGAAAUUUAGUUUUUUCGUGGUUGUAUUGAGUCAGUUUUUAAAUGGGCGAAAAUUCGUCCCAAAAAGUGUUUAACUAAAACUUGCAGUUCAAGCUAUAAGCUCUUGUUUUGUUAAACUUUGCUUAAUUUAGUUAAGAGAAAAUGCUAAUUCUAUUAUCUAUGAAUAUAACCUCCCUAGGUUUAAAAGUUAUUAGUUAUUUCGUAUAUUAUCAUAACUUUUUAAUGUAUUAAGAAGCAGUUUCGCAGACGAUACAAGCAGUUACUUAUGACUACAAUUUUGGAUACUUGCUUUUCUGGGCUAAAAUAAAAUUCCUGGUUUUUGCACAUGAAUUGGCCGAUAUAUAAUUAUGAACUUAUCUGUGGAGAAAUAUGACGAUAAAAUAAAAAAUGUGAAGAAUUAUGCCGCAUUGGUUUAGUUAUAUUACAGAAUCAAGCUGCAAAGGAAAUUAAAAUGGAAAACAAAAUAUCGAAGAAGGUGGACAGUAAGGAGACAUAUUGUAACUUGCCUGCAGGUGUUAGCGGAGACCCUGCUUCUAAUUGUGAUAGUAAAGAUAUACCAAAAGACGUAAAUGUGCCAGAAAAUGGAAGUAAAAUCAAAAUAGACAUUGGUCAGAAAGGAAAAAGAGGGAGACCCAGAAAAAAAACUCUAGAUCUUAAAGCCGACAAUAUUGACAGAGAUUCAUUAAUAACAGAUGUUAAUACUACUGUCACUAAAAGUCCCGACAUAACUAUUAAAAAGAAAAGAGGUAGACCGAGAAAAAAUUCGCCUUUAGAAAUAAAAAUUGAAUCAUCAUCAACUUCUACGGAAAGCACAUGUGAUCCGACAGAGAGGAAAGGUAGGUUCAUUAAAAACGAAGUUGUUGAGUCCGACUUGGAAAUGGAAGAAACAGUGAUGUCAACCUCAAGUAGAGGUAGGAAACGUAGAGAAUUGGAUUAUUCAGUUCUGGACAGCGAUUCUUCCGUUUCUAUUGAUGAUCAGCCAACAAAAAAAAGAAAAAAAAUCCAUAUGAUUCUACCUCAUAAGACAAAAUGCGCAAAAGGUGACGUUUCCCGUGAAAUGGAUGAAUCCGAUCCUUUGGAAAUAAAUAGCAUUGUGGAUACAGGCGAAGGCGCUGGCAAUGUAGAAAUUACAAAUCAAAAUAAAUCUAGGUACAGUUUUACGGGUAAUACUACAAAAAUGUUAAAGCAGGUGUUUCAAGCAGCUCAGGGUACCUCUAAGGAAUGCAGUGAUGAUUCGUUUGGAGUAAAAGAAAACGACCGGGAAAAUAAUAGUGAUAUAAAAUCCCCUGCCGAAGGUGGUCCAGUUAUUUGUAUGGUAUGUAACCAAACCAUCGACUGGUCGGAAUGGUCAUAUCACAAACAAAAAAUUCAUCACAACUUGGCUUGGCGGAACGGAGAAACCCCCAUAGAUAUUCACAACUUCAAAGUUGUUAUGGCUACUCUAAGAAAUUUAUUGAAGCAGCAAAAUAAACUAAAGUGCCAUAGGUGUGGAGAGAAAAGCACCCUUGCGAAGAAGUUUUAUGAUCAUCUGGAGCUUUGCACCGGAGCUGUUACCGCUACGGGCAAAGUAACAUGCGCUGUUUGCAAGAAAGUGUUGACGAAACAAGAAUGGCCUUAUCAUAAGUAUAAGUUGCAUAAUAAUUUAGCUUGGCGAGUAGGAGAUAUUCCAUUGGAUCUAAACGACCAGGAUUUGGUGAUGCGCAUAUUAAAUCAGCUUUAUAAAUCCAAGAAACCCUUAAAUUGCGAGAAAUGUGGCGCAUCCAAAAAAUCUGUGGUGGGAUAUUUGUCGCAUAAAUCGACGUGUCAAAAAUCGGACCAAGAAUUGGAGGAAGUGAAGGUUCAGUGCAAGUUGUGUUUCAAGAAGUUGCUACCAGUCAGUUUAGAGUAUCAUUUAAAAACAAGCCACGCCCCUCCCAAAGCAAACCAAUUGGAUGAGAGAGAUUGGACAUCAGCCAAUACUGAUCAGGGUGAUCUGAAGAGGAGAGCGGCUCAAAAGGCUCUUCAAAUGAUUAACAAGUAUGGAAGAAACAUAUGUGCUGAUGAUAUUGAAACGAAGUACUUUACGCACGAAGACUUCAAGUCAGCUUCGAUAUCCACAGUGUUGGCGCAACAAGUCGAAAAUGCGUCUACCAUCACUUGCAAAUUUCCAGAAUGUAUUUAUACAGACACUUCGGUCGAAAGUUUAGCGGUGCAUAUGGACAGCUGUAAUAAAAAACCUUCCCAGUUCUUUGCGUGUAAAAAAUGUAUUUCCAUAUUUGAACAAGAAUCCGAAAUUUUGAAACAUCUUCAUGCCGAGCACGGUAUGAACAUAGACGAAAAUUUUGAAAUUAGCGAUGACGAAUUGUUGGAAGAUAAUGCGGAGUAUUUCAAACUUUUCAUGAUGGAGGAAAAAAAAAAGUUGCAAAAGAACGCCUGCUAUAAAGUUACCCCAAAUUUUUUGCUUGGUCUGGGCAAUAGGUCUGAAAAGCAAGGCGUAUAUCCGUUUUCGUAUGACUGGAUGUUGGAAUUCUACGAGAACAACUGCAGCAAUAGACAACUUUUUCCUAAUUUAAAAAACGACAAAGGUUGGCAGUUGUUAGAAUGCGAUUUAUUGGCCCAAUAUUUGCCUCAAACUCAAACAUCUUGUUAUGUCGCUGCCAAAACGCUUACAGGGAAGAACAAUUCUGAAGGGUUAGAAGAUUGCCUUUUUAAAAGAAUCGAUUUGUUUCAACCUGUGGAGUUAUGUGAAGAUGAUACAACUAUAUUUUGUGGAGGGCCCAUAAAUGCGAUGGCGUGGUUACCAACACCUUUCAACGAACCUGAUCAUCGUCAGAUUUUGGCUGUGGCUUCAUUUGGUAGCAUGACUGAAAAAUAUUUAAUAGACGCGAAUUAUAAUUGUCAAUCGCUGAUUUUACUCUGGGAUUUUGGAGUCUUAAAAAAUAAAGAAUCAAAAUUAGUACCGUCGCUUCUAUAUGGUUUAGGGAUAGAUGAAGGACCAAUAUGGGAUCUGGAGUGGUGCCCUUCCGGAUGUUUUGAUACUUCGAAUGGGCCGUCUAAAAAUCGUCUAGGAUUGCUGGCGGUGGCUGCUUCCGAUUCAUUUGUACAUAUUUUUUCAGUUCACAAUUUAUUGGAGGAGGACCGAGGCAUGUUUUACAAAGGCACUUCAAUUAUUAAGCUCCAAUUGAAUUCGGGAAAUGUAGCUGAAGUAGAUAAAUAUUAUCCAGUGAAACUAUCGUGGAGCAAGGCUGCCGGACAUAGAUAUAUAGCCGUUGGCUAUUCAAAUGGUAUGGUCGGCAUGUUCGACUUAAACUGCGAGUCUAGUUUAUUGAGAAGAACUAGCAUAAACGGAGACGAAAUAAUUUUCUCUUAUCUUGCGAUACAGGCUCACCGUUCAAACAUAACCGGGUUGACCCUUAGCCACCUAAACGGAGGCAACAGGUGGCUAGCGACCUCGUCAUUUGAUAGAGAAACGAUUUGGUGGGAUUUGACCACCUUGGACAAAACGUCUUUUCAGAGAAGUACCCCUCUAAACGAUUGCGUUUGGUUAACGCAUUGGCUGUGUUGUGCAAUCGCUGAAGACGAGUCCUGUUCUUCUGCGAAAAGAUUUUACUCACUGGCGAAGCCCAUCAGAGAUUUCAUUUCGGAACCAGCCACCCUUACAGUGUCAAAAUCCGGUAUUAAGUGCUUGUCGUUUAGCGAUUGGCUCAAUGGGAUUGUUCACGGUUCUUUAAUGGGGGAAAUUAUGUCAGUGUUUCCCAAUCAAAUGCUGCGUAGCAUGGAAUCGAGACGGAAUAAAUUUAAAAAAUCAUUACUCUCUUAUGCAAGAAUUGUCGCUAAAGCUGAUAUACAAGGAAACGUUGUUGAAGAUAUUUGUAGUUAUGAACACACAAUUAAUAAUUAUGCCCUCUGUUUACUAGAUUACCGACUGGAAGAUCCAGGAAAUUUUCCGAUUGUCAAUACGGAAGUAGUAGACAGUGAUAAGUUUGCAAAUUCUUGGACGGAAAUUUAUCCAUUAUCGUCGAUAAAUAAAAUUUCGUUUAAUUCGAAUCCUCAAGCAUGUAGCUAUUUCGCCGUGGGAUAUCAAGCAGGAUUUCUGAGACUAAAGCAUUUGUCAUUUUUGAAAAAUGAGAAACACCUUUUGUGAUUUUUUUGAUAGUUAGUGUCUAUUGUUAUUAUUUGUAUUUUUUUUUGUUAAAAUAGAUGGUCCUAUGUAGUAGUAGAGAAUAUGUACUUUGCAAAUAAAAUAUCAAAAUAUAUUUCAAUUCAAUGUGUACAUUAAGUUGUGAAUUAAAUUAUGCUAAGAAGGAAUAUGAUAAUAAACUUGCUUUAAUAAAAUUGAA